GAGGUGCCGCUGCCGAUCGGCCCAGUGGGCAACCACGGCACAGGCGCCUCCAAACCCAAAAGUGCGGUCGCGUCUGUGGACCACACGCUUCGCGUGCUGUUUGCGAACGUCACGCACUUCGGGGAGAAACUGAGACACUACGUGCAGCACCUCAGUUUGGGCGUCGUCGGCAUCGCUGAGCACCGCUUGCUAGAGGGAGCCGCCAAGAACGAGGCCAUGAAGUUGCAGCGCCAGGGGAGCGUGUCCCAGAAGAGUGCGAAGGACAUCUCAGUCAUGAAGCGGAGGCUCCAGGGGGUGACAGUGGCGCUCAUCUGCGUCUACCUCGACUCGGGUAAGGGGUUCGAGAAUGAGAACGCCAGCAAGAUGCCCCAGCUGAC